AUGGUUCGACUGGAGCUGGAUAAGGUCGUGAUGAGGAGGAUGAAGGAGGAGGAUAUUGAAAUAGUCAAAGCUCUCAUUAAGGAGGGCUGCGAGGGAACAGAAAACCGGCUGAUUCUACACGUUGUUACGCGGCCGCUCUGUCUCUUCAUCCUGGCGGUCUUCUCAUCUGUCCUGCGCUGCCUGGUUCACUCCUUCAUCCUGGCUCUGGCAAUCCCCGUCUUCCUGCUGAUCAUCUUCUUGAAGAUCACCAUGCCGCGGUCAGUCGGGGUCCUGGGCAGCAGUCGACCGUCCUGGGACUAUGUGGGCAGCGCGUGCAGAGACACACAAGAGGAGACUCUGCCAAACCCUUACUGUCGACUCAGUGGAAAGACAUCUACAGCAAAAAGACCCAGACGGCGUUUAGGAGCCAAAGAGAAGAGCGUCUCAACAGAAAGCAUCAGUCCAGAUCGCGCAGAGGCGGCCGGGCAGGUGUGGGUGGCUGAGUGCGAUGGAGAGAUUCAAGGCUGUGUCUUCAGGGAGAGCCCACGGAGACCAGGCAUUGUCCGCAUCUGUAGAGUGGUGGUCAGCUCUUGGUAUCGCCGCGAGGGCCUGGGACGACUGCUGGUGCAAAGUCUGCAUCUGAAAGAGACAGACACGGGGACCCACAGAGUCUAUGUGCAUGUCCCAUAUCCAUCCAAAGUGGGAGAGGUGUUCUUCAGGAAGUUGGGCUUUCGACUUCUAGGUCAAGACCUGGAGGAGGAUGAGGACAAAGAGUUGCAAUUAGAAACUCCAGAAAGAGGUUUUAUGGGAUACCCGCUCACAAAGGUGUUUUACAAAGACUUGUGA